GCCGAUGGAGAGGCAGGGACCCGUCUCCGAUUCCGCCAUGGAUGCUGAGGAAAUUGAGUUCGAAGAGGAAGAGGUGGAAGUAGAGGAGGAGGGGAAUUGGGAAGAGGACCCCGAAGAAGAGGAAGAGGAUCCCGAGGAAGAGGAAGUGAUUGAGGAAGAGGAAGAGGAUCCCCAGGAAGAGGAAGCGAUCGAGGAAGAGGAUCCCCAGGAAGAGGAAGAGGAAGAGGAUCCUGAGGAAUGGGAAGCGAUUGAGGAAGAGGAAGAGGAAGAGGAUCCCCAGGAAGAGGAAGAGGAAGCGAUUGAGGAAGAGUUGGUGGAGGAGGAGGAGGAAGAACCGGCGAAUGAGGAUGUGGAUGAAUCUAGUACUUCACCGAGUAGAUCUUCCGUUUUCCAAAAAGAUGUUGAAAGAGAUUCCAAGUUCAAUAGAUUGGAUCGACACUUGGCUUCAUGUACUUCCAGGCCAGAAGGAUUCAGCUCAUGUCCCGAAUCCAAUUCUGAUGAUGGAGUGUUGAAGACAGCCCCACCUUCUGACGAGCAAUCGACAACAGUAAAGGAUACAUGUCUAAGCUUCGAAAACUCGGUGAAGGAACCGGCUUCGGCCGGAGAGAGAGAAGCCCAUGAAUCAUGUGUAAGUGAUAAGGAUUCUGAGCGGCCAACAGGAAAUUUACAAGUUAACAAUCUAAGUCUGGAAAACGAUGACAAGCCUAGAGUUGCGUUGGUUAGUCUUCGGAACACAAGGACUGGUAAUGCAGCUGGAGAAAAGACUUCUGAUUCUGUUCCGAGCCGAUCUGGCACGGGUCAAAAAUCCAAUGGAGCUUGUAUUUCUGGGGACAGGCCAAGCAAGAUCAAGGCGGAAGAUGAAAAUAUCGGCACGAAACCAGGGAACACGGGUUUCGUUAACCCUGCUGGAGAAAAUGGUUCUGAUUCUGUUCCAGGCAGUGCUGGCAGGUCUCGGAAUUCCAAUGCCGCCUGUAGUUCUGGGAAAAACCGAAGCAAUAUCAAGUUUGAAGACGACAAAUGCGGAAAAAGAUCAAGGCUGAGAAGCUUUUCCCCUGGUGGCGAAAUGAAGGAACCUCAACGAAAACGCGCAGAAAUUGCUUGUGAAUUCUUUGCCAAAGGGUGGUGCAUCAGAGGGAAGUCCUGUAGGUUUCUUCAUGUGAAAGAUACUUUAAAUAACACUAGCCGGCAACAGGGAGGAAACAAUUUAGCUGGAAGCAGUGAAGCUCGGCCUUGUGAAGUUUGUUUUCCUUAUGUUUCUUCAGAAAGAACAACAUCAGACAAUAGAGUAAGAGGAAUAGCUUGUCAGUCAAGAGUUGUGUCUUACAAUGAGCAUAUCGGGUUUAUCUCAUCAUCAAAGGACAUGGGUAGAGAGAGACUGAAGCAAAAUGUCGGAGCCGAUGGCCUUGAGAACAGGUCCUUAGUUUGUAAUAACGGCAAACCCUCCAAUCCUAGAAGCAGCUUCAUUCACGAGCAUAGAUAUUCAGCUUCUUCCGGUAACUCUUUUCACGCCUCUCCUUCUGGUGCUCAGAGGCAGUUUGAGAAUAAGAAUAAAUUCUACGGAUUGGGAACGCUUUUGGGGUUUCAAGGCCUUUCUGUUUCUUCUCGUCAAGAUCCUGAAGGCGAAACUGCGAAUAAGAAAGCGAAAAUUUCUUCAAAUGAUUGGGAGCCUUCUGAACCUUUCCGCCCAUCUUUCACCAUUCCAUCUUCAAUACUUCCUGCAUAUGGUACCAUAUAUGACCUCUUUCUUGACGGCAUGGAUGUACAGACAGUAGAAGACAGUUUUAUCGAUACUUUUUUCUCGAGUAAAGGUGAAGAGGAGGGAAAAAUGCACCACCGUGGCAGAGAUGGUGAUUCUGUGAGCGGCCCUCGAGACGAAGAAUGCAAUGAUGAUGUCAAUGGCAGUUCUUGCAGUCAAAAUCAAUACAAAGAAGCUGUUCCGGAAAAGAAAUCUGAACUGCAUUUCGUAGAGAUGGUGGCAACUUCCGUGGUUGAACAGAACAAGACUACACCCGAGAAUGAGAAUUAUUGCAAAGCCGUCCCGAAAAGAAGCAAAGCUACCGGAGGAGGGUACGAUUCUUGGCAGAAAAGUGACAUGUCGUCGAAUAUAAAGAUCUCGAGAGAAGAUAGAGAGGGUCGGACCGGUGCAGGGACGAAAGGAAUGAGCCAUUUCCGGACCGCCCUUAUCGACACAAUCAAAGAAAUGCUGAAACCAAUAUGGCGAGAAGGCCGGCUAAGCAAAGAAGCGCAUAACAGGACAGUGAAAAUGGCAGCGGAAAAGGUGAUUAGAACGGCCGUACAGUUCCACCAAGUUCCGACCGAUACUGAAUCCAUUGAGCAGUAUCUUUCGGUUUCCCAAACCAAGAUUGUGAAGCUUGUUGAGGGAUACGUUGCGAAGUUCAGGACACACUAAGGUAAGUCCAAGUCAAAGAGACUGCAUCUCUUAGUACAGGUUUAAUGAAAUGUUUUAUACAUUAUUAUAGGAAGAUUUAUAUAUAUAUAUAUAUAUAUAUAUUAUACAUUAUUAUAGGAAGGUUUAUAUAUAGAUGUAUAUCGAUUAAAAC